AUGGUCAUGUCAAUCAUCUCUGGUGUUUACGGCAUCGGAUCCACCUUAUACUCCAACUUGUUCAUCGACCUUCCCUACCCCAAAACAAAUGCUGAUCUGUCAGACAAAGUCAUGAUUGUAUCUGGCUCCAACACUGGUCUUGGCUUCGAAGCCAGCCAGCAUUUGCUUCGUCUCGGCGUCGGAAAACUCAUCAUGGCUGUUCGCAGUCUUGACAAGGGUGAAAAGGCUCGAGAAGACUUGCUCAAAUUAACCAAACGGACACCCGAGUCUAUUGAAGUUUGGUAUCUUGACAUGGCAAAUUACGAAUCUGUCAAGUCCUUCGCUGCUCGAGCUCUUUCGGAACUCCCCCGUAUUGAUGUUGUCCUCGCCAAUGCUGGUCUUGCAACAUCACCUGAGUUUACCAUGGCCGAGGACAACGAGAGAACCAUCACUGUCAACGUUGUUUCCACAUUCCUUCUUUUCUUCCUUCUUCUCCCAAAGCUUCAGAGAUCCUCAUUCCCAGGCAAAUUUGUCAUUCCCAACUCAGCCACACAUUACUGGGCCCCCUUCAAAGAAUUAGUCCCUAGUGCUAAAGCUGGUCCCAUCUUCUCGCGCCUCAACGAUCCCAAGGCUUCUAACAUGCCCGCUCGAUACUACGUCAGCAAACUCAUUGUUCUCUACCUUGUGCGAGAGCUUGCGACACGUCUUGGCGAAUCAGAAAAGUCCAAUGUUGUCAUCAACACGCCCAAUCCCAGCUACUGCAAGUCAGACCUUCUUCGCGAGAUGGAAUCGUCCGCUCCUCCUGACUUUCUGGCUCGUACCCCGGAGAUGGGCAGUCGUGCAUUGGUCUCUGGUGUUCUUGCUGGGCCCGAGAGUAAUGGGAAGUACAUGACUAACUGUCACGUUCGAGAGCCUGCAUGCCAUGUUACCAACCAAACAGGCGCUAAGAUUUCGAGCGCGAUGUUUGAGGAGCUUAUGGCGAAGUUGGAGAUCAUUUCUCCUGGAGUUACUAAAGGUCUUUAA